AUGCUUGUAUUCACACUUUUUGCACUUAUUUCGAUCAUCAAGUUUGUGGUAGUGGCAAUUAUUGUCACUAACAUCGCACUUUUGGUGGGAUUUUUGCUCCUCUUGACAUACUCCAGAAAGUACCAGUCUGGUGACGCUGAGACGAAUUUACAAAUAUGUCUAGAAUCUCUGCAGAACCCCAUUGCGAACUUGUUCACAAUGGAUAGGAAUUUAUCCUAUUCCAACUCAAUACAAGUCCUCAAGGAUAACCAAGAAACUUGCAAAACUCCCAUAAGGUCGUGCUUCUGUGAUGGAGAUGAAGACAUUAACAGUAACUUUCACUCCCUCCACAAGAAAUCGACAAUAGGUUCCACCGCGAACACACCCCACAAGUUGCCACGUGGUGUAUGUAUGGGUUUCGAAAAAAUAAAGGCUCAGGCCCACGAGGAUGACUCGUCAGUUGGUAAAAACGACGAAGAUGAUGACCUCGACAGUUUAUAUCACUGGUCCUCAACCUUGAAUUAUUGCUCGGAAAACAAUAACUACACCAAUGAGAAUCGCCCAUAUCUGCUGGCGAUUGAUAAUAUCACUGAUAUGUCAUUAUUCUGCUGUCAAGAAAAUGCUCACGAGGAGGCCGAACGCUCUCUUAGCAUAUUUUCUGAGAACAGCAAAGGAAAACAAAUGGAUUCCAUUAACCUUAAUACACAAGCCACAGAAGUAGAUAUGGUGCCUCACAGGGUCUCCACAGGUUUAAACGCGGAUCAAAAAAAAUCCGAUCAGGCGCUGUACGAGUCGAGUAUGAAUAUCCUCACAACGACGUUAACCAUGACCUCGGAAUGUCUUUCCGCAUCGAGUUUAUCACUGGCCUUUGCCGAUAAAAUGACCCAUCAAUCAUACCAAAUAUGUCGACAUUCGUGUUGA